GCUACAAUGAGCAGCUUCUUAGACUACUCGGUGAUGAGCGGUGAAGGUGGCUCAUGCUCUGUGAGGGCUUUCCACUCGGACCACGGGAUUACAACUUUCCAGUCCUGUGCAGUCACUGUCAACAAUUGCGGGACUGAUGAUCGCUUUAUGGGGAGCAGGGCUUCCCCUGACGGCAUCCCUCAUCAGCCGGGGUCAUACCAGUCUAAUGGGAACUCUCUGGGUCUCGGCUAUGGGGCCCAUCCGGCCUGCAGCUCCAGCUAUGGACCCCAAAGUUUCUGUGCUACGUAUAACCAUUACGCUCUCAACCAGGAAGUAGACUCCACGGCGGGAUUCCCCCAGUGCAGCCCACUGAUGUACUCGGGUAACAUCUCCUCCUCCAUGGUCGCUCAGCAUCGCCAAGGUUACAGUGCCGCCCCCUUGGGUCAACUGCAGUAUGCCCACGCUGCCUACGGCGGCGGGCACGAGCAAGCAGCCCCUUUUCCUGGGUGCUCAAACUCACUGUCACCACUGCAGGCAGCUCACCUGGACGCUUGCUGUUCACCUCUGUCUGAGGGCGCAUCUUCUGCACAGACCUUCGACUGGAUGAAAGUCAAGAGGAACCCUCCAAAAACAGGCAGGUCUGGGGAGUACGGUUAUGGGGGUCAGCCGAACACGGUGCGAACCAACUUCACCACCAAGCAGCUGACGGAGCUGGAAAAGGAGUUCCACUUCAACAAGUACCUGACCCGCGCGCGGCGCGUUGAGAUCGCAGCUGCGCUGCAGCUGAAUGAGACUCAAGUGAAAAUCUGGUUCCAGAACCGGAGGAUGAAGCAGAAGAAGAGAGAGAAAGAAGGGCUGCUGCCGGCGAAAGCGCCAUCCUCAGACCCGGGAGAGAGCAGUCAAGAGAAAAUGGAGGAUGGAGCAUCAGAGAAGUCUAUCUCAGCCCCCUCUACUCCGUCCCCAACAUCCUCCACGGUGUCUGAUCCUUACUCUUCCAACUAA